CUCCGCAUGUUAAACGAUCAGGAAACAUAUAUUUCACAUCAUCUUCUGCAUCCACAGUCAGCAUGGCGGACUCAACAUCCCCCAAAGUCACUCUAUACACCUAUUUCCGCUCCUCCUGCUCAGCCAGACUUCGCAUCGCCCUCAACCUGAAAUCCAUCCCUUACACCCCAAUAGCCGUCAACCUCCUCAAAGGCGAGCAAUCCUCCCCAGAAAACACUGCGCUCAAUCCCUCGGGCACAGUCCCCACCCUGAUCGUGGAACAUCCCCCCAAAGACCCCGUGACCAUCACGCAAUCCCUCGCAGCACUCGAGUACCUCGAAGAAAUCACCCCAGCCUCAUCUCAUGCCCUCCUCCCGCCAGCUUCCAACCCAGAGGCCCGCGCAGUCGUCCGCACCCUGGUGGACAUCAUGUCCUGCGACGUCCAGCCCGUCACCAACCUCCGGAUUCUGAAGCGGGUGGCCCCCUUCGGCGUCGACCGGGCCGCGUGGUCGAAAGAUCUGAUCGAGGAUGGUUUCCGCGCGUACGAGGCCAUCGCGGCGAAGAGCGCGGGGCUUUUCAGUGUGGGCGAUAGCAUUACCAUGGCGGAUGUGUGUCUGCUUCCUGCGGUGUGGGGUGCUGAGAGGGCGGGGGUGAAGGUGGAGGAGUUUCCUACCAUCUAUCGGGUUGCACAGCGGUUGGAGGAGGAAGAUGCGAUGAAGAGGGCGCAUUGGAGGACGCAGCCUGAUACGCCGGAGGAGUUUCGAGUGAUUUCGUCAUGAGAAGAGAUGGUUGUUUGAGAUGUUGGGACAAAGCUUCGUUUGGAAUGAAUAUCAACUAUUCAGCGCGCUGGACUACUCGAUAUAGUUGUGAUGGUCUCAAGAUGAGGAAAAGGUCUAUCUCAAUUUCAUACUCAUAGCUAGCUCAUGAAGCAUCCUUUUGGGGAUUAAAUAAAAUAAAGAUGAAAAGACCU